AUGACCGGGAAUUGCUAUUCUCCCAACUCGGUUCUAUCCGACAUCAUUCGGGAGCUCGACCCUAAUGCACCACCAGCUGCUCCACUUGACUUGCUAUCAACUGUCUCAUCCAUUUUUCACCAACGAUCAGAGAGGCUUCGGCGAGAAGCCCUUGCUCGUACAGACGCAGAGAUCGAGGCUGGAUUCGUCGCUACUCGAGAAGCACGGAUCAAGGAGAAGCUCGAAGAAUUGGAGGAGGAGGAGGAGGAGGAGGAGGAGACAUCAGAAGACGAGUGGGACGAAGAUGAGUAUGAAGAUGAAAUUCCUUCCAGGGAAGAUGUCGAAGCUUUCAUCAAUGGCAUGAUUGAUAAAGAAGCCACAGGCCCUGUUCUUAGGCGUGCAAUAGGAGAGACAAGAGAAGACCAUAGAAAGCGGAUAGAAACUCUUGAGGACCGCAUUCAGGGGUAUCAACUCUCCAAGUUCGUGCUCGAAGACUUGCGGGGAGAUCCUCCUAGGUACGUGGAAGGGUUCCCAGUGAACCUCAUCAACGCCUUUUGCCACCUACGUCCUCACGUUCUCUUUAUGAAUACGGAGAUGUUCGAUUGUCUUCAGUGUCAAGUUAAAGGGAGACGGUGCUCACGAAACAUGAACUAUUCACCCGCCUGCGAGCGAUGCAGACGCCAUGGAGACCCCUGUUUAGUCAAGGACUUUACCCAUCCUGUUGCAGUGUGUUGGUGGUUUGCUAGGGGUCAAGAAACCGGUGACAUUGAACAGGUGGAAUUAGAGUGGCUGGAGAGGCUGGUGAAUAAGGGUCAGGCUGAGGGCAUCCAGGCCUUGCCAGUGUGGCCUGAGGUCGGUGGUAACUCAAGCAAUAAUAGCGAUGAAGAGGAGAUGCCUAAAAAAUGGCAAGACUUCUUGAAAGGAUCCGCCAAAAGGAAAAUAAGUACAUGGUAA